AGAACACAUAGGUUUCAAGGAAAGGCGAUUGUUACUUUGCUAGUCAUAAAUCUAUCUUCCCAUAUUAAACCAUUUUUGAUUUUAAUUCUUGAAUGCCUUUCUGAAUUUGCUCCCUAUAUGCUAUGCUAUACACAAUUUUCUUCGUCAUCAUUUUCAAUCCACUUUUCCUAUCAUCUGGAAAAGUAGAUGGCAGCAUCUGUGAACGGCAACAACGAAUACCAACACGUUUUGUCAUAGUCAGCUUAGGCACAUUAUCGUACUGCGAAAUUUGUUUAGAGGCGAUCAGAGCAACAAACAUUCAGUAAAUAUGUCAAGAUAUUUUGAAAAUUUGUACGAAGAUUACAAUGAUUCGAAGCAUGGUGAUUCGGAACUAAUUGAUAAAGGUAAAGUUAUUCAGCUGGUAAAAAACUAUGUUCAGACUAUUCUCACCGAAACAAAAAAGAGUGCUCAUAAGCUACGAGAAGAUCUUUACGUAGGUGAUGCCGGAAUUGCAUUCAUGUUUUGGAAAUUGAGUCAAUCAAAAGAUUUGAAGGAUUUAUUCCCAUGUUUGGAACAUGCAUCUUUUUACAUAAAUCGAGCAAAACAGAUCGCAGCUGCAAAGGCUUCGGAUAGAAGAGCAUCUAUUGCGUUUCUGUGUGGAAAUGCUGGAAUAGCCGCCAUAUCGGCCGCAAUCUCAAAUGAGCUGCGAAAAUCAGACGAAGUGACUCGAAGCAUUGCGGACUUCCAGAAGGGUCUCAAAACUUGCAAAUCCAUGAGCUAUGAUGCAGAUGAGAUUCUUGUGGGAAGAGCUGGAUACGUUAGCGGUGCCUAUUGGCUGAAUCAAGUUAUACCAUCGAAACCGAUACCGAAUGAGUUGAUUAAGGAUGUGUGUAAUAUGCUGGUAUCACGAGGACGUGAAUGUGCCAUGAAACGGAAAGCCCCUCUUCCGCUUAUGUACGAGUAUCAUGAUAGUGAUUACUUAGGAGCAGCUCACGGCUUAUGUUCAAUUCUCCAUAUGCUCUUGGAAUCACCCUGGUUCACACAAACCGAUGGCGAGUUUAACAAUGUUUCAAAGACAAAAUUUGACGACAUAAAAAAAUCGGUUGAACAUUUUGCCGGAAUCCAGGACGCUGAUGGAAACUUUCCAACAAGACUUUUCAACUCGGACAAAAAAUUGAUUCACUGGUGCCAUGGCUGUUCCGGCGCAAUUUAUGUUUUGACAAAGGCCUAUCUGAUAUUCAAAGACGAAAGCUACCUGGGAGGCUGUCGAAAGUGUGCAGACUCAAUUUGGCGACAUGGUCUAUUGCGCAAAGGUCCUGGAAUUUGCCACGGUAUCGCCGGGAACGGAUAUGCCUUUUUGCUCAUGUACCGCCUUACGGGAGAGCGCAAGUAUCUCUACAGAGCGGCUAAGUUCACGGAAUUCUUGACGUCUGACACUUUUUUGGAUGGCGCAAGAACUCCUGAUCGACCAUACAGCUUGUAUGAGGGCAUCGCUGGGACCGUUUGCUUUCUGACCGAUCUACUGGACCCGCAAUCAUCGUAUUUCCCAUUCAUGGAUGUUUUCACUGUGAAAUACAGUCCUGAAUAAAGUAAUAAAUGAUAACAAAUGAUGGAAAAAUAAAUAAUUUGAUUGAGAAC